GUUUUUCUGCAACAUUGGGGAUCUGCCUGAGACUAUAUCGAAGAAUAAAACUGAACAGCCUCUCCAGGACAAUGAGGCUGAUAGUCCAACUAAGGAAAUAAACACAUUAACAGAAGACCACCGUCCAUGUUCAUCGGAGACUGGAGAAGUAGAAAGAACCUUCUCAACACCUGGGGUAGGACAGUCCAGCUGUUUCACUUGGUCUAGAAGCUUUGCAGAAAAACCUGCAACUCCUAGCCUUUCAGAAACCAUAGCGUUGCUAAAGCAGUUCCAAAGACACAGGAAAGACACAGAUAAAGACUGUAGUGUAACUGGCACACAAAUAACCUCACCAGCAAAUAAAAAUUCGGAUGAAGAGACAUCACCUUUAAAAGAUCUGCAGUGUUCAUCAAAACAGAAUCUUGACAAGCUGUUGCAAAGCGAAGUGGAUACUUCAGAAAAAUCGCCAGUGGCCGAGAAAAAUGCUAUUCCUGCCAAAGAAUCUAACAGAAGUCCAGAACCAGAUGAUCAUCUGAAUUCUCAGAUCCUUCCAUCUUCAGAAUUUAUAGAUAACAAGAACACAGUUUCUAAAAAUAUGAUUCCUGCAUUAUGUAGAACCAAUUCUCUAAAAUCUUCUAUGGUGGCAAAAUGUAAAUUACUGGUGCCCGCCAAAGUUAGUGGCUUAAGCAAGAAAAUAACAAGUAUAAAGAAAAAACACCAUGAUGCUGAAAACAAGUCAGGACUGCAGGUGAAAAUUAAUGAUCUCUGGAAGAGCUUCCAGUUCAAAAGGGAAUCAGAAAUACUACCUUCCUGUAGAAAAUCAGAACCAUUGUCUCCAAUUAAAGAUAACAAUAACCAACUCCCUCCAGACAUAUGUGAUGAAACUUUUGAUAAAUGCAAUGGAAAAUAUUUCAGUGAAGUCGUACUGCAGAUCUGA